AUGACACCACCGGCAACGCUGUUCCACGCCCUCCUGCGCCCCAGCGUCCUGCAGAUCCUGCGCGCGACGGGCUACCACUGCACGCGCCCGGCCGUGCUCGACUCCCUCACCGACCUGGCCGCCAACUACCUGCUGGCCCUGUGCCGCGCCGCCGCUCAGCACACCACCGACGACGUCGCGCCCGGCCUGGCCGAGAUCCGCAUGGCUCUCGAGGAUGUCGGCGCCCUUGCACCGGAGGACGACGAUGUCCAGACCGUCCAGGACUUUAUCGACUGGUUUGCGGGUGCGAGGAACGCCGAGAUCAGGAGGAUCGUUGCUGAUGGCGACGCCGAAGCGCCGGCUGAUUGGCUUACUGGAACGUUGCUGAUGAAAACAUCUGCAGCACUCAAACAGAAACACAGCAAAACGGGUGACGAUUCAAAGUUCCAGGGGACGUUGCUAGGAAAACCCAACGAGCAUGGCGAAGUUCUCGUCGAGGGCGGCAACUUCGAUACGAUACAGAGCUGGUCAGAGCACAGGAAGAAGAGCAACGUCAUGACGCCGCCGCCGUCCCCACCGCAGCACGAGUCCGGAUCCAGGCCCUCAAGUUCUGGUCUCAGCUCAUUAGGUGAUGGGGAUAUGGACUUUGAGAUGGGCGGCAGCAGCGCAACACCCGCGGGUGACGUGACUGCUAGCGCCAUGGCCGUUGAUCCAUGA